CAGAACAUCCCACCAUCGCCGCCGCCGCCGCCCGGGGAGGGAGCCGGACGAGCCGCCGGUCCUAGUGGCCCACGGACCGCCCCUUCCUCACCGCCGCCUCCAGCUAGCCACCACUCCUGCUGCCCGAAAUGGAAACCAUGCAAGAGCUGAUCCCCUUCGCUAAGGAGAUGAUGACCCAGAAGCCCAACGGAAAGCUAGCGAAGCUGUACUUGGUGGGCAGCGUGCUGGCCUUCUUUGGGGUCGUGAUCGGCCUGGUGGAGACCGUGUGCAGCCCCUUCACCGCCAGAGUCUGGCCGCGGAAGGAAGAGGAGGAGGAGGAGGAGGCGGCAGCGGCAGCCCCGGCCGUGGCUCAGCGAGCCGCCAAGAUCCAAGCACAGAAGCAGAGGGAGCUCAUCUGGGAGAAGGCCAAACUGCAGCCGCAGGCUGUGGGGGGCAGGAGCCUGACCAACAGGCUGCAUGCGUCCUAGGAGCGAGUGGACAGUCCUGCCAGGGAGAGUGGGUGCGAGAGAGAGAGUGUGAGCAAGAGGAAACGGAGGGAGAGAGUGAGGUCAGAUAGAGGCGGGUGGAUACCUCUUGGGACGGAGCUGAUUUCUGAAGAGGGAAACGAAAGACUGAUCGGAGACGUGAUUGAAAAGCCGUGGAUUCCACCGGAAUGAGGUCGGGGUUUGGGAUUUGCUGCUAUGCAGCAGUAGAAAGGAGAUCUGUCCCUCACUAUGCUAGGGGCCCUUUGGGAUAUCCAAGUGCGUGGAACAUUUGGCACCAGGGGAAUAUUUUUUAAAAUGCUUUUUUAUAACUACCAUCAUUUUGCAUUUUAAAUAAAUAUUUUAUAAUAUA